UAGUGAACCAACACACGGUAAAUUAAGUAUUUUUUCAUGCGAUUUGUUAUUUGAACCAUUGAAUAUUCAUUUUAAUUUCUGUCUGCAGAGCUUUAGAUUAAAAGGAAAACAUUCGAUACUGUGACGUUUAGACGUUUCGAAGAAUUAUGAAUUUUAGUACAUUUAUAAAGAAAGCAACAACGGUAGUGAAGCAAAUUGCUUUAGUCACCUGCAUUUUUACCUUCAACCAAGGACUAGUAGGGUCUGAGUACAUUGUGAACGUAGCGUCUCAAUCCACACUGGUGAAUCCCGGAGAUAAAUAUGUGGCGUACUGCAAUAUCCCUGGCCAAGGGGCCCUCGACAUUAUCCAGAACUUAAAGGUCAAGUGGUUCCACAACGGUCAGGCCCUGGCCAGUCUGUGUGAGUUCCUGUCAUCUCAUCUCACCCAGAAGUAUUCCUGCAAAGUUGUGUCACCACAGCAGAACAACAUCAGCUUAGAACUCACAGUAUUAAAUGUUCAGAAAGCAGAUGCAGGGAAUCUAACCUGUGAUGUGUAUGAGAAGAUCAAGGAGAAUGAGCAGUGGGUCAGGGAUGAAUUGGUGGCCAUAAAAUCUCUGGCUAUACAAGUCAGAGAGCCAAUCAAAAGUAUGAUGUUCAGGUUUGACGCCAACAAAGACGAAUAUCUCACCCUAGACAACAAUGAGACCCUUCACGCAAUGGAGGUCUUAUCUGGCAAGUACGCCCUCUCUUGUGAGGCGAUCGGUGGCAUGCCAAAAGCCAAUGUCCAGAUCAUGAUGGGCGACCAGAUGAUGCAGGGGAGGAUCAUGGACAUAGAAAACAAGAUGGGCACGGAAUUUGUUGCCGAUGCGACAGAUUUCAGAGGCAACAGCCAAAUUAAUGUAACGUGUACUGCAGAAGUUGAAGGACUACCCAACUCAGAAAUGCAACUAACCUAUCGAGUAGUGGUCAGACAAAGAGAUCCUAAAUUCAGGUGUACCAAUACAUCUGCUGCUGUUAACAACAAACGACACAAAAUUACAUGUGAAGUGUACGAUGUUGACGGUAUUUCUUGUAACAACAUCUUGUGGAAGCGAGGAGACACUGGUGAAGAUUAUGAGCCCGGCAGCUAUUUCAAUAUCAAUAUAGCUUGUACGGAAGUAAAUAUUUCUAAGAUAAAAACGACGUUGGAGAUUCUGCAGGUGACGGCGGAGUAUUUUAAGACACCGUUCAGUGUCAUUUACAAUGACACACUGUCCCACACAAAAGAGUUCCAGCUUAUAAUUCCGGAAGCUAAAUACAGUAACUCGGGAGCGGCCCUGCAGACAUCUCUUGCAUUAAUAUAUUCUAUGUUCUCGUUGGUUUUUUGUUACAAAUACAGUGACUAGGCAACAAAAACAAAGAAAACAAAUAGUAAAGUUGCAAUUAAAGACCUUUUUUGUUUCACCGUGUAAAGCAUAAAGUUGCAUUUUAGUUGACUAUGUAGCAGAGUUUCUUGUCAGAUCCAAAACUCAACCUGAUUUAUUUAAGAUACCAUUUUAAAAAAAAUAGUGUUGAUCAAAAUACGUGAAUUUUAAUAAGAUUAAGAAAAUGGUUUGUGAUAUCAAAAUUUAACAGAUUUUUUUAGAUUCAGAAAAAAUCAGUUUCUAAAAUAAGCUGAAAACAUUAUUGCAGGGAAUAUCUUUUCUGCAGUAAUCUGUUGAAACUCUGUGUGAAACUUUUAGAUUGUUUUACUAUGCUUAUGUUUCCUAAUGUUUUAAUUAUGUUUUAAAAAUCUAUUUUGAUACGUUUUAACUUUCAAACCAUCUGAUUUUCAGAAAACAGACUGUAUAUAUCACUGCGCAUGUUUUUACACAUUCUAAUAA